AUGUUGGGAAUCAAUGAAUCUCACCUUCCAAAGACUAUAUCUGACGCUGUCGCCAUCACAAGACAGCUCGCAAUCAAGUAUCUUUGGGUCGAUAGUCUCUGUAUCUGCCAAGGUGAUGCGGAGGACUGGUCACGGGAAUCAGCACGUAUGACAGAAGUAUAUUCAAAUGCUCAUAUCGUCAUUGCGAACAACCACGGUAACGACAGCUCAGUUGGUUGCUUCAGCACGCGAAUACCACGUCCUAUGAGUGAGCUAAACCUACCUGGAUUCGCAAGAAAUCUAGUUGCGAUGGUUUUGUACAUUCAGGAUGAGAUGUGGGUUGACCUUGGGGAAUUUGGAGGCGAGGCACUUACUCAGCGUGGUUGGGCACUGCAAGAGCGCGUUCUGGCAAAGCGAUUAUUGCAUUACAAUACCAGGCAGAUGUACUUUGAAUGCAGCCAAGGCAUAUUCAGCGAAGACGAUUGUACCACGAAGAACCGUUACUGUAGUCUGGACGCCUCGUUGAGGCAAUGGAACGAGCUUGUGGCCUCGUACGGAAAAAGGAAGCUUACCAACUCGUCUGACAAAUUCCCAGCUAUCGGAGGCUUAGCGAAGUUAUUUGAAAAAGAACUCAAAGCGCAAUAUAUAGCCGGUCUUUGGAGCACUCACUUGAUAUCAGGCCUGGCGUGGUCUCGGUCCCAUCAAAUAGUCUCAACCAACAAAGAGUAUCUAGGGCCAAGUUGGAGUUGGGCGAGCUACGGAGACCGCGCCAUCUUCAGUGGGGAGGGAGGCAGUGAUAUCUCGAAAGUAGUGGAAUGGAAUGUUGAGCCCAGGUCCCAAAGUAACGUCUACGGAGAAAUUGCAAGUGCUUGGUUGCGUAUACGUGCUCCCAUACUGAAUCUCAUUCCUGGCAUAUCCGAAUCCAUGUUCACACUGCACAAAGAUGACAGAAGUAGAUACGUGUUUUUUGACAGUACUGAAACGGAGUCGGGAAAGCGUCAUACUUGGGACCUUGAGAUUUUACUUCUGCAAGAAAAAGUCAUCAACGCGCAGAUUGAUGAUAACUAUGAGUGCUUUGCAUUGAUUGUUAGCAAGGUGGGCAACGAACGGAAGAGAGUCGGAUGUAAGUUUCUUUGGGACUGA